AUGGCAUUGUAUCUGGACUGGCCUGCCGGCACCGUGUCCUUCUACCUUCUCCCCUCCGUCGGCCCUUCGGCCAAACGCACCCACCUCCACACCUUCCACUGCACGUUCAGCGGAGCGCUCUACCCCGCGUGUUGGUCCUACCUGGGCCGUCAGAGUCAGGGACAGCAGGUCUCCCUGAGGAGGGACGGUUGCUUGUUCACGGACACGGUGCAGCACGAGGUCCUCCACGCCCUGGGCUUCCACCACGAGCAAGUCCGCUCCGACAGGGACGACCACGUGUCCAUCCUGCAGGAAAACAUCCGUCCAGGAACGGAACAGAACUUUGCGAAGCAGCCGACCAACAACUUGGGAACUCCGUACGACUUUGAGUCCGUCAUGCACUACAGCAAAUACGCCUUCUCUCGCAACGGGGAGCCGACCAUCGUCUCCAAGGCCGACCCCGACAUGGAGUUCGGGAGCGCCACCACGAUGAGCCAAAACGACAUCGCCCGCGUCAACGCCCUCUACCAAUGCGAUGUUUAGGGGCUGAAGGGUCGUGAUUCCUGAAGGAAACGACACGAGUCAGCGCUUCAUCACUUCCUGUUCGCUGGUCUCAUAGAAUGUUUUUUUUUAAUAUCUAUAUAUUCUGUGAUUAACACAAGCUGAAGACGUCAUAAGGUUAACUUUUCUGUCCGAAUGAGACACGUUCCUCCGCAGCCGGACGUGAAGUCAUGUGACCCUGGUGGAUUCCUUCAUAGCCUCUUGGCGUUGACGUUUGCUUCUUUCUUUCGAACUUAUUUUUCCUGCAAUUAUCUCAAAUAAAAAAUAAAAAAACAUGAAUUGAC